UUUUAAUGACGACGAGCAUCCACAUAACGGCCCUAGAUGCCCUCGUCAACGUUAACUCCCUCUUCACUCUCGCCGUUUUCGUUGGGCUGGCAUGGAACCCCAGGGACCCCUCCAGCACCCUCAUCACCGAUCUCACUUGCAGGCCCGGCCCAAACUUUGCCGAGAACAUGAUCUCCUUCCACGUGUACGCCUUCAGUUCCUUCUUGUUUUCUAGCAUCAUUGCGUUGAGUCUGAAGCAAGCCAUCCGACGUUUCAACCAGUCACAUUUUGAUUCGGAUUUCGAGGCUCAAGUCAACAAAGGUUUGCUUCGGGUCGGGAUGCUGGUUUCCGGUGUCGGGUCGGUUGCUGGGUGUAUUUGUUUGAUGAUCGCGUUGGUUAAUCUCGUUCAAAUCAAACUUGGGACGCUGUCGUGUGCGAAUGGAAGUGGGCAUGGUUUUGCCGCCAUUGUGCCGCUUGUGAUCUUGGUCCCUUGUGCGUUGUUGAUUUAUGUUUCUGUUGUUUUGUACGCUUUUCUAAAUAAUCAAAUAGAGAUCUUUUACAUUCCUCUUUUAAUUUGA